GUGCAAAACGCAUCGUUUACGAAUGUAUGCCAAAGGUCACCGCUGUCUGCGAUGACGACAGCUCAGGAGGAAGCAUCGGUUCUGCGGCAUUAGGACCUUGCGCUCCUCUUCCUCAGAAGAGAGGAGGGCGUAUGCCGGUACGGGCUGAGAGUCAAAUAGGCUGGCAUUCGAGAACAACUCAACGAGUGUGCUGGGGUGGCAAGAGCGAUGCGAGGGCAAGGCUGGAGCUGAGCCUGCGAGACACAGAUAGGAAAUCCGUGAAACUGCACUCAUUUAAUCGCCAAAGAAAGGCUAACGUUCUAUAGUGAGCGUUUAAAGGACGGGAGACCAUGUCGGUGCUGGCUUUGCAAGAAUACGAAUUCGAGAGGCAAUUCAAUGAAGAUGAAGCCAUUCGAUGGAUGCAGGAGAACUGGAAGAAGUCCUUCCUCUUCUCUGCACUCUACGCUGCCUGCAUACUUGGUGGGCGGCAUGUAAUGAAACAAAGGGAGAAGUUUGAAUUGAGGAAACCUUUAGUACUAUGGUCUUUAACACUUGCAGCCUUCAGCAGAUUAAUGGUGUGCAUUAUAGCCAGAAAAACAAGCCACUUCCUCGUUCCAAGUUACUUCAUAAAGACCUGCAUAUAUGUAUAUUUGGUGCCAUCAGAACUGGAGGCUACAUGAUGAACAUCUUGAUGACCAAAGGCCUAAAGCAGUCAGUGUGCGAUCAGAGUUUCUACAACGGACCAGUCAGCAAGUUCUGGGCCUAUGCUUUUGUCCUCAGCAAGGCACCUGAACUAGGAGACACACUAUUCAUCGUGUUACGCAAGCAAAAGCUGAUUUUCCUGCACUGGUAUCAUCACAUCACAGUUUUGCUCUAUUCCUGGUACUCCUACAAGGACAUGGUGGCUGGCGGGGGCUGGUUCAUGACCAUGAACUAUCUGGUGCACGCCGUCAUGUAUUCUUACUACGCUCUUCGGGCCGCCGGCUUCAAAAUCUCUCGCAAGUUCGCCAUGUUCAUCACCUUGACGCAGAUCACUCAGAUGGUGAUGGGCUGCGUGGUCAACUACCUGGUGUAUUCGUGGAUGCAGCAAGGCCAAGAGUGCCCGUCCCACGUGCAGAACAUUGUGUGGUCUUCUCUCAUGUACCUCAGCUACUUUGUGCUCUUCUGCCAGUUCUUCUUCGAGGCCUACAUCACCAAGACCAAAUCCAACGCAGCCAAGAAAAGCCAAUAAAUCAAGAAAAUUAUUUUUUAAAAUUAAAUAAGGAGAGGUGGGGAAAAAAAUAAAUGGACCAAUGAUUGGUAGUGGAUGGAGGAGUCUUUACAGUUAGGGCUUAUGAACUUGCAGAAGAAAGAAGCAAAGACCAUGAGGGGCUACUAUCAAAGCUUGUGCAUACUGUACUACUAACGUAUGGAGAUAAACCUCUCCUCCACUAGGGAAGCUCUUUUGAGCUGAACUGAGAAAUCAUUAUGAUUAUAUCAGUAAAAAAAAAAAAAAAAAAAAAAAAAGUGUCUUUAUGUAAUGUUUAUGUGCCCAAUACAAUUCUCUGUAUUUAAAAGAAAAAACUUGUAUAGAUUAAAAAAGGGAUGCAAAAUCAAUUAAAACAUUUUGGGAAAAAAAAGGAAGUUAUAUGGAUAGAAUUAAUAUUUGUGUGGUUAUGUCUAAACAUUAAAUGUUACUGUUGCAUUUUUAUUUUUAUUGAUUAGAUAGCUUGUGUACGGCAGUUUUGUACGAAAGCCAUGUUAAUGGAAGACUGCUAAAUGUUGAGCUAAAAUGCCACAGUGUUUUCUGUGUUCUGUGUUGCAGCACCAAAAUUCUCUCAGGUCUUAGAGUUUUCCAUUAGAUGUUCAUAUCAUUUUAGAAAAAAGAAAACACAACAAAAAGGGAAAAAUUGUCAAGGUAGUCAAAAUAGGCCUAAACUUUUAAUGCCAUUGGAUUACACACAAGCAACCACACAAGUAUAUAUAUAUAUAUAUAUAUAUAUAUAUAUAUAUAUAUAUAUAUAUAUAUAUAUAUAUAUAUAUAUAUAUAUAACAAUGAAUGGGGAAGGGGAAAAAAAGACCAGUGAAGGCCAUUUGUGAGGACAUUGGGGCCAAAUGAUCAUCAGAACAUACUUGUGGAGUAUGAAUCAUCAGAUCUCUCUGAAUCUGCAUUUGCUCUGACCUCUGAAAGGCCUUGUCUUCUUCUCAUGGCUUAAGGUUAUCAUUAUCACCAUCUAUUCCAAAGGCAGAUGGCAUAGAGGGUCUAGCCAAACAAGCCUGUCUAAAGGACCAUGAAGUCAAGCAUACUUAAACAAAGUGUCUAUAUCACUGUAACAAAUCUGAAUAAUCUCUGUCACUGAAUGGUGUCCAUUGUGCUCUUGUGCAUUUGCACUGUAUACAUGUAAAGCAUCUAUAGACGAUUUUAACAAAGAGCCAAGAGUGCUGAAAUAA